UGGUUCGUUUGUCCUUUGGUCUAGUUAAAAAUGGCCUCUAAGGGCGAGGAAAAAGUUUCGUGUUGCGGCAAACUUGGCUUAAAGCCGUUAACGGGGCACAAUAUCCUAUUUUAUUACGCCCCCCUGCAAGGUGCUCUUAGCUACAGUGCUUUGUCUGUAAAUGUUAUGAAUCCUUCGCUAAUCUUAAGGGUCUUUCCGAAGCGGGACAUAACCAACAUGCUUUUAAUUCACACGUUAGUAGGGUCCGGAUUAUACCUAUACAAUCGGCCACAUCUGCAGGCAGUACCGAAGCAGAAACGCGUACUUUACUGUACGUUUGGAGCCGUGUCCUUCUCUCUAGGAUCAGUGUUGAUUUGGGCUAUUUUACGUAGCGUAAUACCACAGAAUGUCGCACUGUGUACGGUUGCCGGAUUAAGUUCCGGUCUGGCAUUAAUGAAGAUUGGCUGCAGUUACGUGGAUCACGUUGACUCGCUUGUCAAGAACUAAUUUAUUAUACUCGCUUAGUAAUGUCUGUAUUUAGCUUGGUGUAAUAAAACCAUUGUUUCUAUACCAAAUCAA